AUUAGAUGCAAACACUUUAACCUCACAUGUUUCUGGGGUGGUUUCGCUUACAGAAACAGACUUACUACAAACAAUAAUUAUAGAGCAUUUCAAGAAUUUCUGCUGGGAAUAAUACCUUUUAUGGCUCACCUUAAACUGUGUGGGGGAAGUUGAAGGAGAAACAGCUGAAGUUGGAUUAAAAAUGUUGUCAUCUAGGCAGAAGGGUGGAGACAACUACACGUAGUAAGUCCAUAAGCUAAACGGAGGCAUAACACAUUUCUUCAGGGGAUAUAGACCUCUUGGAUGGCCAGUUGACAAGGUUUGAAACCCAGGAGCUUUCAGAUUGCCCAAGUUUGUGUCUUGAGGUGAGAUGACAUCAAUUGUGGACGAGACAGCUGGGGACCUCCCUGUCCGAGAUGUAGGAAUGAUGAGAGGGGGGUUGAUGCCAACUGUCCCAGAUACCCUACGCGAUGUCAAGUCAUGGAGAAAGCAUCAUGUCGCAAAGAUGAAAGACCCCCAACGGUUGUUUCGAUAUCCCAGGGAGCAUCUGGAGGAUCUCUGUCUGCAACUGCAGGAGGAAAACAGUGUGCUCAGACAACACACACGAACUCAGGAGCACAGGCUGCGCAGGAUGUCCACAAGGCUCAUGCAUCUUCGUCAGGCCCAUCCUGGGUCUAGUGGUGUGAAGGACAGGGACAUGGAGGACACAAUACAGGAGCUGGAGGCCCGAGUCGCAAUGCUGGAGAGCCAGAAAGGCGUGCUACAGAACAAACUCAGCCUGGCCAAGCAACACAUCAUGGACCUGGGGGCCCGCACUCCAUACAAGUACAGCAAAAGCAAAAAUUGGGAGGGGGAGAGUGGAAUCAGGAGGGCGGCGCAGACAGCACCGCCUCGAUACGGCCUCAUGCUGGAAGACACGAGGACAGAAAUGGAAAGACUAAGAUCCAAUAUGACAGACCAGCUGAGGAUGACAGAACUGGAACUUACAGCUCAGGCGCUCAGAGACAGUCUGAGAGAAAGAGAAAAAGAGAUAGAGGGGACUGUUAAAGAGCUGAGAAACCAACAGGCUGACAGACACAGAACAACUAUCAGAGAGAAUGUGGAUCUGAUCCGUCUACAAAAACAGCUUUCAGACAAGAGUGCUGCCUUGAGGGUGACAAAGGAGAAGUUCUCAGACCUGCAAGAGGCAUAUGAAAAACAGCUAGAGGAGAGCCAGAGGUCACUCAGGGAGAGUCAAGGUGCUCUGUUGGAGAAAGUUGAGGAGUUGACUGAACAACUGAAGCAGGAGCGGCAGAGAGCUCUGGCUCUAGAGGGACAGCUUUCAACCACCAGUCUGUCUCAACAGACCCUGGACAAGCUCCAAGAAAGAAUUUCAGACCUGGAGGGAGAGAGGGAUCUAAUCAAAGAAAACUAUGACACUCUGCUGCAGAGUUCUCUAUCUACCCAGAGUGACCAAGACGGUCAGGUGGAGAAACACGGAAAAGUGGAUCAAACAAGGGAGGCGGUGGUGGAAAGCAUCCAUUGCAUGGACAUUCAGAGACUAGAGGAAAUGCUGGGAGCAGAGAGGGAAGAAAGAAACAGGCUGGAAUUGGAGAAGGAGAAACUGUGGCAGGAGAAGGAGUUGCUGGAGCAGCAGAGAAAACAAGAGCAAGAGAUGCUUGUGUUGAUGAGAGACAAACAAGAGCAUCUGGAACGGGAUGUUGUGCAGUACAAAGAGCAAGUUUCUGUUCUGCAGGACAGGCUGGACUCAAUCAGCAAGGACUUUGAUAUGAGUGUGGAGGAGCUCAGCGAAACUCUUAUGCAGAUCAGGGCUUUUAGGAUGCAACAAGAGAGCCGGGAGGGCCUGCGCUUCCUUGUGCCUGAUCGGAGGAUGGAAGAUCCCACACACGAGCUGGUAAAUAUCCAGGCAUCACAUGCUGAGACUGUGCUGGAACUACAGAAAACCAGAAACCUUCUGCUGCUGGAGCACAAAAUUACCAAAGACCUGCAGGAAGAGUUGAAAACAUUCAGUCAGGGAGUGGAAAAAGAGAGGGAGGAAAGCCGGAAGAGGAUUGCAGAAAAAGACAAACUUUUAGCAAAAAGAGCUCUCCAGAUCAACACUUUACAAGCCCAGCUCAAAGAGUUGGCAUACAGCCCCAGGAACUACAAACGGACCAUUCCAAUACAGUACACCUGGCCAGCUGGAGAUCAGGAAGUGAUACAGCCCAUAGAGGAUGACCUGUCUUUCUCUCAGCUAAAGGCUGGAGAGUCACUGUUGGAGAUUCACCUUAAGGCAGCCACCUUCACCCCAGCAGGGCUCCGGAUUAUGGCCGACUUCCACCCAGGAGCAGAGAAAAAUUCCGGCUUUGUGACAUUCUGCACCUACUGCCUGUUGGACUUUGAGAUGCACUCUACGCCUCUUGUGUCAGGAAGCCAGCCCAACUAUGGCUUUACAUCUCGCUAUGCUCUGACGGUUAGAGAUCUGAGAAGGCUGGAAGCUCAGAGGUCAAGGGUCAGUGUGGAGCUCCAUCAGGCGUUAGGAGGGGUCAGAUUUGUCACCCAUGGAAGUGGACAAAUGUCGCUCAUGGGCGCCAUGGAGAAGAGGGGAGAGCGAAUAUGUGGGUGUGUCAGUAUAACAGGACAUGAGGCUGAAAUUGUCGGUGUUGUUGAUUUCUGGGUUCGCCUCUUCCCUCCUGUGGAAGCCAUUGACUCUAUGGCAGAAAGUGGAGCUGAAAGACAAAGUGUGAUGCAAAGGACUCCUGUGAAGAUUUCCCUUGGCUGGCAAGAAACUAGUCAAGAGGAGUUACAUGACUAUGGUUGUGGGAUCCCCAACGAGUUGGUGGUUAUGCUGGAGCGCUGCGUGGGCCUUAAUGCUCGCUGGCCGGGACUCCUCCCUGAUGCCUACCUGACAUAUAGGUUUUAUGACCUCCCACCUCAUGUCUCUCAAACCAUCCAGUGCUCGGCUGAUCCGGUGUUCAACGAUGUCACCAGCUACCCUCUUGCAGUGACUACUGAUGUUAUGAACUAUUUUAGGUCCAGCAGUCUGUGGGUUUAUGUAUUUGAUGAUAGUGAUGACCAGAUACCGCCAGUCUACCUGGCUAAGACCCCCAUCCCACUGCGAGCCCUGGCAACAGGCAGAGAGAUUCGAGGUGAUUAUGUUCUGAGGGAUCCAGCUGGUGGACCUCGAGGCAUGGUCAGAGUCAUGGUUAAAUGGAAGUACCCCUUUCAGCCUCCAAGGGACGCUUCACAGGUCAGCCAGGUGAACGGAGUGGACAAGCCUGGCAGCAUGAAGGAAAGCACGGCGAUGGAGGCGAAAAGGAGAGAGGAAGUGUCACAGAGGCCCAUAGCCAAGCCUCGAGUGAAGGCCCGGCAACCUGAUCCGAGAGAAACUACGGCUGUUUCCAGAGAGACAAAAGGCUGGCCUCAGCCUCCACUCAUCAAACAGAAAAGCUCUCAGGACGUCCGAUCAAAGCAAGUCACGCCAGUGAAACUAUUGGACACUCGUCCAUCAACAAACGGGAGGAAACCCGCCAAGAGGGCGCCUGAACUUCAGCAGAGAACUCCACAUAUGACACCAGGGCCAAGACUGACCACACCCUCUCAUUGCAAAACCAGAAAAUCCUCAGCCGGAACAUCUAGAGAAUCACCAACCACACUUUCAAGGGGGAGCUCUCUCAGCGAUAUUAAGACUCAGGACCUUCCCUCUGAGGAUCAGGUGUCAGCGAUUGAGAAUGAAGAGGAAGAGGAAAGCAGUGAGAGUGCAGGAGAGAGUGCAGCCCCAGAAUCUUCAGAGUCCAGUUCCUCCCUGAGCGAAAUAAUAAUCAUGCCAACGAAAAGAAAAGUGCGAAAGGGUGAAAAAUUAAGAGUUGAGAUUCUGUCUCUGACAUUUGAACCGUCCUCACGCGUGGCUCUGGAUGAGUCGGUGCAGCGAGUGUAUGUGGAGUAUCGACUGCUAGGUGUCCCCAUGGAGACAACAGAAACACCCAUGUCUCUACGCAAGCCCACAGAGGGAGAGGAAAUUCACUACAACUUUACAAGAGUGAUUUAUGUGGAUGGCUCUCUGUCAGCCCCACUAAGGCAGUAUCUUUACACAAUGUUGGAGGGCACAGAUCCCAACCAGGGCAGGUUAAAGUUCACAAUAGUCAGCGAACCGAUGGACGAUGAUGAUGAAUGUGUGGAUGUUGGACAUGCUUUUCUGGACCUACAGGAACUGCUGCUCACAGGAAAUGAUGUCAUUGAACAAGAAAUUGAUAUUGUGAGUGUGGAUGAGGACAAAGAGGUGAUUGGAAACCUGAAAGUGUCACUCGAGGCAGCAAAAGCACUAACUGGGAUUUACCAGGAGUUUCACCAAAAAGACGAGGAAGUGAGCAAGACAGAUGAUGAAGAAAAAGGGGCAGAAGAAGAAGAACAGGAAGAAGAACAAGAGAGAAAGAAGAAAAGUGAUCGGAUACAAGUAUUAGAUUAUGAUGAUGAUGACAGUGACUUUGACUGAAUGUAAAAUAUAUACAAUUGUAUUAAUCAAUGAAGAACAAGCCUUUACGUCCUUUCGUAGUCCCUUCAAUGUAAUGAAAAGCAGACAAAUAAAGGGU